CUAGGCGGCGCGAGGCCGGAAGUGCGCAGGCAAUGCUCGCGGCGGCGGCGACGGCGGCGGGAGGUUCGGUUGUCGCCCGUUGGCCGCGCGGCGCCGCGCUCGGCGGCCGCCAUUGCAGUUUUUCAGUUGCUUUUUAAAGAAGGAAGGCUCAUGGUGCAGAUUGUCAUCUCCAGUACGGGGGCUGAAGGCCUGGCAGAAUGGGUGCUGAUGGAGCUCCAGGGGGAGAUCGAGGCUCGCUACAGCACCGGAUUAGCUGGAAACCUCCUGGGGGACCUCCAUUACACCACUGAGGGAAUCCCUGUGCUGAUCGUGGGGCAUCAUAUCCUGUAUGGGAAAGUCAUCCACCUGGAGAAACCUUUUGCAGUCCUUGUCAAACACACUCCUGGGAAGCAGGACUGUGAUGAGCUUGGUCGAGAGACUGGCACCCAGUACAUGGUGACAGCACUCAUCAAAAACAAGAUCCUUUUCAAAACUCGCCCCAAGCCUAUUAUCACCAACGUCCCCAAGAAAGUAUGA